GGCCCUCCAGAGAGAAGCUGCUGCGAGGCACUCCAGAGCUCAGCUUCCCGGGUUUGUUUUUUUUUUUUCUUGAAGUUCCUUGCGAUUAGCAGGACCAGAGUCUGGGAAGCUUCUAGGCUUCCUGUGCUAUAGACUGACCCCUUACCUGACACUUCCAGAUAGAUAACUAGCCUGUGAGGGGGGCCCUCUCAAAGAGUCACGCAAAGCGGGGGCCCCAAGUCUUUGCCUGAAGUCUUUCACGGCUAAGUCACUUGACAAACUUGACAAGCAGCAAAAAGAAAAAAGAAAAAAAGAAAAAAAAAAAAAAAAAAGCUCCCAGAAAACAAACCAAGAGGAAGAAGAGGGAAGGCGAAGGCUGAAGCCUCCUCCUCCAUGGCUUUUCCCACUCCCGCUGUCGUUCCAGCUGUAGCCUGGGAUUAAUUAAGUGCUGUGAAUUCAGUGCCUGGGAGAGAAGAGGAAAAUGCACUGUAUCUCUAAGGAAGGAAGGAGUCCAGAGACGGUUUCUCAGCAGUGAGGAACCUUAGGCGGUGCAGCGGUCUCAUCUCGUCGCCAGUGUUUUGUGCAGGGGCUGGGAAAGCCAGAGAGGCUGUGCCAGGCUGGAGGAGGUUUGUCUUUCCAAGGCUGGAGAGGAUUUCACGCGGGUUUGCCUGCAGCUGCCCGGGAAGAAAUUCCCCUCUGGUGGCAGCAGCAGCAGCAGCAGCAGCAGGAACAGCAGCAGCAGCGACGACGGCGGCAGCCCUACCUCCUCUUCUGGGGAACAGGGCAGAAUGCCUGUGCUAGAGCGGUACUUCCACUCUGCAGAACUAGGCAGGAGGUGGACGGCCCCAGAAGCAGUGCUACCCUCUUCCCUUGGCAGCAGGCCGGGGUGCCAGCAGGGGCCGCUACCCUGGGACUUGCCAGAGAUGAUCAGGAUGGUAAAGCUGGUUUGGAAGUCCAAAAGUGAGCUACAGGCAACCAAACCGAGAGGCAUUCUGGAAAAUGAAGAUGCUUCCCACAGCUUCCCAGGAGAUGUACGACUAAGGGGUCAGACGGGGGUUCCUGCCGAACGCCGUGGCUCCUACCCAUUCAUUGACUUCCGUCUACUUAACAAUACAACACACUCAGGGGAAAUUGGCACCAAGAAAAAGGUGAAAAGACUGUUAAGUUUCCAAAGAUACUUCCACGCAUCUAGGCUUCUCCGAGGGAUCAUACCGCAGGCCCCUCUCCACCUGCUGGAUGAAGACUACCUUGGACAAGCAAGGCAUAUGCUCUCCAAAGUUGGAACGUGGGACUUUGACAUUUUCUUGUUUGAUCGCUUGACAAAUGGGAACAGUCUGGUAACUCUGUUGUGUCACCUCUUCAACUCCCAUGGGCUCAUCCACCAUUUCAAGCUUGAUAUGGUGACCUUGCACAGGUUUUUGGUUAUGGUUCAGGAAGAUUACCACGGUCACAACCCAUACCACAAUGCUGUCCACGCAGCCGACGUCACCCAGGCCAUGCACUGUUACCUGAAGGAGCCAAAGUUGGCAAGCUUCCUCACACCUCUGGACAUCAUGCUUGGACUACUGGCUGCAGCGGCGCAUGACGUGGACCACCCAGGGGUCAACCAGCCAUUCUUGAUCAAAACUAACCACCACCUUGCCAACCUGUACCAGAAUAUGUCGGUACUGGAGAAUCACCACUGGCGAUCUACAAUUGGCAUGCUUCGAGAAUCACGGCUCCUGGCUCACUUGCCAAAGGAAAUGACACAGGAUAUCGAACAGCAGCUGGGCUCCCUCAUCUUGGCCACGGACAUCAACAGACAGAAUGAGUUUCUGACCCGCUUGAAAGCUCACCUCCACAAUAAAGAUUUGAGACUGGAGAAUGUACAGGACAGACACUUUAUGCUUCAGAUCGCCUUGAAGUGUGCUGACAUUUGCAAUCCUUGUCGUAUCUGGGAGAUGAGCAAACAGUGGAGUGAAAGGGUCUGCGAGGAAUUCUACAGACAAGGUGACCUUGAACAGAAGUUUGAACUGGAAAUCAGUCCUCUUUGUAAUCAACAGAAAGAUUCCAUCCCUAGCAUACAAAUUGGUUUCAUGACUUACAUCGUGGAGCCGCUGUUCCGGGAGUGGGCUCGGUUCACUGGGAACAGCACCCUGUCGGAGAACAUGCUAAGCCAUCUCGCGCACAACAAAGCCCAGUGGAAGAGCCUGCUGUCCAAUCAGCACAGACGCAGGGGCAGCGGCCAGGACCUGGCGGGCCCAGCGCCUGAGACCCUGGAGCAGACGGAAGGUGCCACGCCCUAAGGUAGCGGUCCGCUGGAGCACGGCCAUCUGUCCGUCCACAGGAGCACGGCCAUCCGUCCGACUGCCCUCGCAACAAGCCCACCACGCUGGGUUUCGAUGCCACCCGCCUGCCACUUACCGCCUCCCUUCGUUGAUCCAAGUGUACAAAGCCAUUGUCACCUCAGCAUUAGCUGCCGAAAUGGGCGGCUCUAUCCUGUCGUUGGAGCUGAUUCUGGGGCGGCUGCCCCAACCGAACCGCCUGGAAGAAAGAAAGCGGUGUUUCUGCUACGUCUGCCUCUGGCCCUUGGUCACGCGGACUGGCAGUGGCUCCUAAGUCCAGAGCAUUUUAACGUUCGCCAUCGGACAGCUGACCUGCAUGACACCAGCAUACUUGGAACUGCAAGAUUGGUCUUGCGUGCCAGAGCACAAACGAAGAGUGUGAGAGAAAGUACCUUCUAUUUUAAUAAUAAUUAUUAUUAUGAAAUAAUAAAUCUUUUUAACUUUUAUAUUUCAUGCACCAGACAAUGGGUCUAAAACUUUGGACUAGUAAUAUCGGCGUACCCAAACCUAAGAGGGGAUUCAUUGUUUUGCUAUUGACUCUGUGCCACAUUGGGUCCGAGAUGCGGCACCAUUGCGAUUUAUGAAACCACGCGACCCCUCCCAUCUGGUGGAAGGUGCUGUACAGCCCAUCCCUUUGCACAGUUAGCCAAUCCGUGUUUUACGGAUUCAGUGACCUGUUUAUAUUCACACGUGUACAUUUUCUGUAAAUACCAAACGCUACUGAUUCCCAUGCCAAAAUACACGAGUAUUAUGGGAUUGCUACCUGUAUAAACAAUGGCACUGUGAACAGAAUACUGUUAGUUUUAAUACAAGAGAAUGCAUUUGUAAAUAUGGUAUAGAGUUUAUUAAUAUACUGUUGUUCGCAGAUAAAGGCCUUAACUUUAAACAUUUUUCCUCUUCCCAAAACUGCCCAACCUAAAUCCUUACUGAUCUACCUGCCCCCAUCUCUGGUGACCAUCUCCGCUUUCCUGCUAAGGUCACAAGCCACAACUGAGUACCAUCUUGAAGGAAACUUUUUUUUUUUUUUUUUUUUUUUUGGAAGCCUCUCAUGCAUUGAGAAUGUAGUUUUAAAUCUAUGGCACUAAGUAUGGUUUCCUCAGAUUAAUGAUUCGCUUCCAGCAAGAUGUAAAUCACUUUCCAGCACAGCGAUGUCGCACACCGUUUUAACAAGCUGGGAAGCUUGUGUUCAUGCGACUCCUGUUGUGGAGCACGGGGUACAUCAACCUCACGGAAGACACAGCAGGUCUCAAAAGUCUUGUAUGACCCUGUCACCUAACCAUCAGGGAACUCCCUGCCCCCAUGCCACGCAUUUGUCUGAUAUGGCUACAAUACCAAAGUCUCUUUGGUCCAUGGUCGGUUGGUGUGCGUUUCUUUGGUGUUGAUAGUAACUGGAUUAUUUCCUUUUUUUUUUUUUUUUUUCUAUAGUUUCAUGUGAACAGCUGCCCAACUGUUUGGCUGAAUUUAAUAUUAUUUAAGUAAAGAAGCUAUUUCACUUUUAUCGGAGACUUUAGCUUUCCAGCAGAUCAAUGUGGUUCAUCACGGCUGCAGCUAGCAGACUCAGCUUGGAAUUGUCGUCAUCUAUCUGCAGAUGCUCGGCUGUAAAAAUCCAGCGUGGACGCAUUCUUCCCCAGCUGAACUGUGUGUUGAGCCUUUCCUUCAUGCGUUCUAGCGUUAACUGAUGUUAUAUGGAACCUGCCAAUGCUUCUUUCUCUUUACCUUAAGUCGUAGGAGAGGGAGCAUUUCUGCCAUGAUCAAGCCACUUCUGAAGCGGAUAGCAACAGGCAGCUCUUACUUCCUAAGUGCAACUAAUGUGGGGCCCCCUGUUUCUCCCAACGCAAGUAAAACGUUAAAAACCUGCCUGGCUUGGAACACGUUUCUACAGAGAGAGGGGCUUACUGAGUUAAGGUUGUGGAAGGAAUUGGAAAGUUGAUUAUAUUUUUCACUAGUGUAAGCAAGAUUGUCAGAUGGGACUAAAGAAAGUCUGAAGAAUUUGUGAAGUGGGUGGAUGGCGCCGACGUCACUGAUAUGGGUGAGGAGGGAAGUUGUGCACACAGCACUAACUUCUGUUUCCUGAAGCAGCUAUGGACUGACAUACAUCUUCAUUGCUAUGGUAUUCUGAAGCUCUGGGCUUAUGCAAGGCCUCACAUGAGAAUGCAGCAGAAAGAUUCCUGCUUCAAAACCUCUUGGUUUUUGGAUUGUAGACAUCUGUUUUUAUGCAUAUGAGAUCAAAACAAGGAGAUUUGCUCAGGAUGACAAAAUGUAAACAGUAAAGAAAACAUUGUUUUUAGCCAAUAGAGUCUCUACCUGGAGUUUAGGAACUAGAUUUGCUUAAGCUACAAUUAUAUUGUAAUUGAAUUAGGAUAGGGCAUUCUUGGUAGUUCCAGGUUUAUAGGGGAAAGGUUUUCAUCAUGUUGUAAUUGAGUCUUAAAGAGGAGUCAAGAAAUCAAAACUACCAAACACCUAAUGGUUAAAACACAAGAAUAAUAAAAAUCAGAAAUAAAGUGGAGCCUGACUCAUGAGGUGGACGUGCCUGUAUGUUUCUACUGUCUGGAAACUUCGUGAGCUCCUCACGUGUUGAGAAAAAAUUAACUGUGAAAACUCUUUUCUGCCUGCUAAUGGCUCUCUUGGAAUAAUUUAAUACAAGUUAUCCAAUAAGUCUUGGGGACACGGCCCAUGGAUCAAUAUAGUUUUAACAUUUUUAGUCUUAGUCUGCUAGCCCACCUAGGUUGUGGAUCAUCAAAUUGAUGACUUUAGAAAGGAAGAACUCAGAGAACUUUCUUAAUACGACAUCAAGAUCUCAGAGACACAGAGAGAGGAGAGAGAGAGAGAGAGAGAGAGAGAGAGAGAGAGAGAGAGAGAGAGAACAUGAAUACAUCACUACUAUCAGGUCUGAUGAUCAAAGCCUACUUUUCUUUGCAGCCAUCCAAUCCGCAGUCAGACCUGAUACCCGAAACCCUGACAACCCAUACUUCCCGGUUAGGUUAAGUAAAAACUAGUUGUUUCUCCUCUCUGCUUACAGCUUCCCUCAAAGGGCCUUAGAGGACAUCUGCAACCCCGCCUUCAAAUAGUCCUUCCUGUAAAACAUGGAGCUUUGUGGCCUUUUGUGUUGAAUCAAAUAUGCUCACUGGCGUUGACUUGGUUAUGAGCUUGUAUUCCUCAUGCUUUCUUCUUUUAAGACUGUAAAAUUGUGUCAUCUUGUGUACACAUGUAAAGUUUGGGGGAGGGGGAACCUUGUGAGUUUUGCUCAAAAUGUGGCCUAAAUAU